AUGCAGAAGACUAUGGGAAAACAUGGCUAUGGAACAAGACAUGAAGAGGGCUCACGUAUAGUGGAGAUGGCGCAAACAUUUAGACUGGCAAUAGUAAACAUCUAUUACACAAAGAAAGAUCAACAACUAAUCACAUACAGCAGUGGAAACAAUAGAACCCAGAUCGACUGUAUCCUAUUCCAGAGAGACCAAGUAAAGAAUGUCAUAGACAGCAAAACACUGCCAAGGGAAAGUGUGGCAAAACAACAUCGGCCAGUUGUAUGUAAAGUGAAAGUGAAAAGUGACCUAAAGGGAGACAAGGACUGGAACACAGUUAGCACAAACAUUAGAACAGUGGCCAUACAAGUAUUAAGAGAAUCAUUAGGGAAUAAAAAAGAAGGAAAGGAAGCAUGGUGGUGGAAUAGUGAAGUCCAGGAAGCUGUCAAGUUAAAGAGAGAAUGCAAAAAGGCCAAAACUAUAAAGAAUGCAGAUUGUAGGACAUUAAAUAAGGAUGAAGAGAUAAGUGACCAGUGGAGGAAAUACUUUAAAGAACUUAUGAAUAUAGAAAAUGAGAGCGAGAGAAGAAAUAUCAUGCCAAACACAGUUAAUGAAGAGGUAGCAACUGUCAGCUCAGAAGAAGUAAGAAGUAACCAAUAUGGGAGAGUCAUAGACAGAAGAUUGAGGAAUAUAGUGGACAUCUACGGGGAAAAGUUUGGAUUUAUGCAAGUUAAAGGAACAACAGAUGCCAUUUAUGCGUUUAGACUCCUAAUGGAAAAAUACCGAGAGGUUCAGAAAGAAUUGCACUGCGUGUUUAUAGACCUAGAGAAAGCUUGUGACUGA